AUGCCGCUCAGAGAAGUCUUUGUUUUUCUGACACUUGGAAUCUGUCAACGAAAUGGAGAUGCUUGUGCCUUACAUUUUGACAAACAUUAUGGUGGCCUCUUUGCUGAUUGUAAUGGAAGAAAACUUCAGCAUGUCCCACAAGAUCUUCCCGCAAAUAUAACUGCUCUUGAUAUCAGUGAAAAUGAUGUCACAACAAUGACAAAGUUUACAUUUCUGAAGCUGAAAAAUCUCACGUAUCUAAACCUCAACAUGAACCCACUGUCAAAGUUGGAACCAGAGGCCUUUGCUGGCUUGUUUAGUCUUACCACACUCCUUCUUGCUCGGAACAAAUUAAGUAAUGACAAACCAUCAUUUCCAGAUGAAGUCUUCCGUGACCUUGUGAGUUUGCACACUCUAAAUCUUGAAAAGACUGAAAUGAGCUCAUAUCCGGAUUGGGUGUUUCCUCCUCUCGUCAAGCUCCACAGUCUGUAUAUCGACUCAGUUCCUCAUCCUUUGUUUGGUCCAGGAUUCUCCAACCUAGCAAAUCUGAAAGAAUCGUUAGGUGUAAGCAGCGUUUUCAGUACUCUAACAUCUUUAGAAUAUCUGGAUAUUUCACUUAAUGACAUCAGAUAUUUUCGACUUCUUUCAGUUCCUGCAAACAUUAUUCAUAUUAAUCUAUCUCAUAAUCAGUUUGAAACUGUUCCCAUUGAAACAUUUGAUUAUCGAAGUCUUAACCUUAUUGAUAUAUCAUUCAACCUGAUUGGCCAGAUGGAUAGAGAUACAAGAUUGAAACUUGACUUAUCCGCGGAAAAGAACAAUCUCAAACUAAUUAUCAAAGGAAACACCUUUUCGUGUAGCUGUAGAAAUCUAGACUUCAUUCUUUGGUUGGUGGAUACACCUGUCAUUUACGAGAAUGACAGGAACUUCCCUUGCAUUCUUGAUAAUGGCACAAUGACAGGAACUGUUGACGUAGCCAAACAGUAUGAAAGCCUAUAUCACUACUGCACGGGCAAAUUAAUCCUUAAUCUCACAAUCACAUUCUCAGUAGUCAUUUUAACAGCAAUAGUUGCAACAUACACAGUCUCCAAGAAUUCAGUACGUUAUCGCAAUAUUGUGCUGAGAAUAUUUGGAUUAGGCAUCCAAUAUUUAACACCAAAAGAUUUUGAUUUCACCUUCUAUGUCGGAUAUUGCGAGACUGACAUUCCAUUUGUCUAUCACAAACUGCGACAUGGAUUAGAACUGUGUAGUCAGCCUGUGCGUCUGUUCCUGAAGGAUCGGGAUGUUCUUCCAGGUGUUCCUAUCGCCGACGGUAUUAUUUGCGGUAUCACGUACAGCUGGAAGUCUGUUCUGGUGAUUUCAGAUGACUUCCUUCAAGAUUGUUCUCAGUGGUCACAAUUUACCAUUGAUGCAGCACUUUACUCGGUAACGGAUCUGAUUCCUAACCGGAUCAUUGUGCUACUUGUGGGCCCCGUACAGGUGGAGGACCUGCCUGAGCGUCUGCUGAAUGUGGUGGAAGAGGAGUGCAUACUACGUGUAGAGGAUUAUCAACAUGGGGAUGUUAAAUUAUGGAAGGUUCUGAGGGAAAUUGCCAAAGUUUGA